UCGGUAGGUGUGGCCACACUUCCUCACCGCUUCUACUUAUAACUUGUCAAGCCAAAGUUGACGGUUGUCGUCAGCUGUGCUCAAGCAAGGCCGCACAAUGUGCACAAGCCAUGACCAGCCAUGUCCCCUGGGAUAACACAAGUCGGGUGUUCAGCAUGGAGCAGACCGCUGGCUGCUCCCCUACAGUCCCGGAGCGAGAACUGUACCGCAGCAUCCAGGCUGUUUUGCCCAGAGAAACAGACAACCCGCAUUCUCCAGACUGUCUCAACAAAGGUAUGCUGAGAUGGACUCUACACAAAAAGGUUCUGAACAAUCCAGCCAACGGCUUGUCUCUGUUGUGGGUUUUGAUAAAAGAGCUAGAAAAGGCAGAGAGGUGGAACAGUCAUGACUACAUUAUCCCUCUGCUCCACACACUCAUAUAUGCCAUCAUUCAGACAGCCUACAUUCCAGAUGAGCUCUACAAACGUGUUUAUGACUUCUGCAAGCGACUGCUGACCUACCCUCAGCCCUACUGCACCAUUGGCCUCAGCUACACUAGGCAGAUCAAAACUGAACGUUACAUUCCGGGUCUACUCUACCAGAGGAUGAUGGUAGCAGAACAGAGACUAAAGAAUGAGCAUUAUCCAUUCCAAGAGAAGGUUUUUGUUCUGGCUGACCCCGAGGUCUUUUCUGGCUCUCUGGCACAAGUCAUGAUGGAUGACAUUGAGGCAGCAAGUCAAGCAAGUCCAACAGCUCACAUGCGCAGUGUGGUCCAACACUCCAUCCAGGCUACUUUAGGAGAGCAGUCCCAUGGAGCCAAAUUGGCCAAGACACUCAAGGAUAUGGAUGUCGAGCCUUAUUUUCAGGAUGUGUUGGUGACUCUGGAGCAGUGUGUCGAAGAGGGCCCGGGCGAGUUGGGGGCAACACUAAGGAGCCGUCUUCAGCAGCUGCAAAGUGAAAUUGUCACAGAGCCUGUUUCCUUUGGACCUCUUUCUGACUGCCCGCUUCCUAACCCUGAGAUGAGCUUCCACCUGUGGACAGAGGAUCUGGAUAUCUGGCGAGAGGUGGCCAAGUGGUUGCGAUCCAGUUCCACAACAGAGCAGUUCUCCCUCAGUGCGGAGCAAGAGGACCCCGAGCUGGGUGACUCACCUGGUGAACUUAUGCCAUCUGACAAGACUCGCUUUUCCGUCAUGUCCAAUGACAGUGGCAUUGAACGAGAUCUACCUCCUGGUGGUGAUGCCUCACCCAUGGCAUUGCUCGAUUCCAGCAAUGUUAAUGCAUCGUGGGAAGCCUGCAAAAGCGACCAACAGUCAAUCAAGUUGUCCCGCCGUGGAGGCAUGAAGGUGAAACCGUCCGUGAAGGACAGUGUGGCGCUCAUGCAGGACACACUGGAAGGUCACGCUAUUCUGGGGACAGGAGGACUUGGGGGAAAGGAAGGAGGAAGACGGGUCACACUGCAAAGGCGAUCAGGAAGCAAUACACUGCAGAACCUCUUCCCCAAGCAGCAGAGACACUUUACAGCGAGGAUGGUCAUCAUUGGGAGCGAUAGUGUAGUGAACCGCCUGGCUAAAGCCUACUAUUACUUAAGUUACGGCCUUCAUUACAGGAAAAGGGAAGCGAGGAGACGUUUUCUUACAAUGAAAGUGAACCUGCAGUUUUACUACAUCCCUGUUUGUGCAGCACCAACUGUUGUCUCCUCACACAAGGAGAACCAUCAGUUAAAACAGAGUUCCUGCACACUUGGUUCUUACCUGAGCAGGGUUGACCCAUGGUACAACUGCAACAUCAACAGUUUGGGCUGCAUGAUUCCCAAACUGGCUAAAAUGCAACAAACAAACCCAGCAAGCUCAAAAGAGCCAUUUGUGUCUGACGUCAUUUCUUACUACGUCCGUAUGGGCCAACAGCCGGUCUACUUCAACAUCUACUUUGUAAAGAUCACCUUUACAGCCUCGACGAGAGAACCAGUGGAGGAUGUCUUCCUCACCCAUUUGGAGGUGGAUGUUUCUGAGCUCAGACCCUCCCAGGCUCCAAUGAGAGAGAAGCAGAAGAAGAGUGUAGCGGACCAAUGUGGCGCCCUUGUCUGCAUUAGUUACAAAAAAGUGACACUAAGUGGUCGUGAUGCUGACAGAGGCAUGCCAGUCAGGACAACUGGUGUUCACAUCAGUGCUAUUCCUUCCAAUGCAACAGAAGAUCUGAAUUGUUUAACACUUACCUUCAAGGAAGCGCCAGCAAAAGCUAAAAACAACAACGUAGAAUCAAAAAUCAGGAGCAACAACAUCACGAUUUGCUCGCUAGAGAGUCAAUCAUGGCUCACAGUUACAAUAGACAGAGAUUCAAAAAGGACCUACAACAAUGUGCAGAGAAUUGAAAUUGUGCCCUGCCUUGACCCUGGAUACUGUGUUCAGAAAAGCAUGAUGUCUAAAUUAAACCUUGAUGAGGACAAAGACGCCGGAUUGAGCAAGUACAUGAGCAAGGGACUUCCUCUACCUGUCAACACAUUUGCUGGCAUCAUCACCUGACUUCUGCAUUAUCACAUACUAUAAAAGAGAAUACAGUUAACCCUGUUUGCUUUGACACAUGGAAACAUGGAGGACAUCUCCUUGUGGUGUUUAACAUUGCGGAUGCUUAAGUCAAAACUUACUAAAGGACAUGUGCGACAAAUACAGUGCUUAGUUACCAUUUUAACAUUGUGCUAAUAGUUUUUAACAGGAAUGAACUGUGCUGAUCUACAUGAUAAACCGAUGCAGCGAAUCUGUUAUUACUGAGAAAAGCGACUUUAAAGACACGACAUGUUGACAGUAUUCUGUUAGACCAGGGGUCACCAACCUUUUUGAGGCCGAGGGCUACUUUGUGUGCACGGAUAGUAUGAAGGGCUACAUGACCUGUUUGCGGUGAACUUCCAAAAAUGACAAAACUGCACGGAUCACUUUUUAGUAAUCAGAACAAAAGGAAUAGUAGUAGUAACACUAUGUGAAGCGACUGCUCACAUAUCAAUGUUCAUUAUUUUCCACAAUAAUGGUAACAAAAACAUAUUUUUUAACAAGAAACAUUUAUUUAUGUGCUCACAUAUUAGAAACUCAGAGGGAACACCUUUCUGUGAUUUUUUUUCACCUGCCUAGUGAAAAAAAGUCCUUUGUUUGUGCCUUUAACAAACGGGCCUUUUCCGUCCUUAAUGCGCUGCCGGGUGAGUAGCUCGCAUUGAAGCGUUCGUGACAAGUUUUGGAGUGUCUCUCCACAUUGUGCCGCUUUGGUAUUGCAACAGUCGUCCCGCAAAUAAGACACAUACGUACAUUUUUCUUCAAAAUAUGGAAAGAAAAAUUCUUCCUCCCAAUCACUGUGGAAAAUGUAAGUCCUUUUUCGCUUUCUGCCAUGUUUUGGGGGGCUAAACUGCACGAGUAAGCUAACUCCUCAUCACCGCUGCACUGUAUCAGAAAAGCGGUGAGCGGACGCGUGCGCACAUAGGAACUUUGACUUGAGGUAAGAGUUUGUUAUAAAAUAUUCAUUCAUUCAUUCUUUUUCUACCGCUUUUCCUCACGAGGGUCGCGGGGGGUGCUGGAGCCUAUCCCAGCUGUCUUCGGGCGUAAGGCGGGGUACACCCUAGACUGGUCGCCAGCCAAUCACAGGGCACAUAUAGACAAACAACCAUUCACACUCACAUUCAUACCUAUGGACAAUUUGGAGUGGCCAAUUAACCUAGCAUGUUUUUGGAAUGUGGGAGGAAACCGGAGUACCCGGAGAAAACCCACGCAUGCACGGGGAGAACAUGCAAACUCCACACAGAGAUGCCCGAGGGUGGGAUUGAACCCUGGUCUCCUAGCUGUGAGGUCUGUGCGCUAACCCCUAGACCACCGUGCUGUUAUAAAAUAUAUUUGUUUUAAUUUUUGAUGUUAUAAGACGAUUAAAAAAAAUACAUAAUUGUAAGCAAUUCUGAUUCAAAAUUUAAAGCACAAAAUAACAAUGAUAAUUUGUGACCAGUGCUAUUUGCGCCCGCGGGCCCAGCGUUGGUGACCCCUGUGUUAGACAGACCUGUUUAUUGAAUUGCACACAUGCCCCAAACCACCACAACCUCACUGUCUCAUUGUAGCUUUUCUUGUUGGAAAUGUCUCAUGUGUUUAUAUCAAAACGGCAGGCCUGGUCUGAGAGCAGCUGUGUGUACACAAGUAUGCCACUCUUCACUGCAAAUCAUCAGGGAGUCAUUGGUUUUUGAGGGCCUUUUUGAUGAUAGACUGACUGACUUCUCGCUUAUUAUUCAUGGAAGAUGUGAUUGCAUCUCUUCACACAGCCACCUGUGUUUCAUAUAGCAUCAGAAUCAUUACAUUAUGCACUUGAACUGCUCAGAAGAUUUUAUUUUCAACAAAUGCUCACACCCUCUGACAAAUGUUAAUCCCACAGGGUAAAACCAUCAUAAAUGUAUUUAUUAUCUAUUUUGCACAAAUGUUCAUGCAGUUUCUCAUGAGAAAAGGAUACCCCUGUAAAUCCAAUUGUAAUUAUGUAAAUAAAUAUCUGAUGUUUUGUAAAGA